GGCCUCUCUUCCCGACAGCCCGGACGGCCCAAGCCGCCCAACGGACGCGAGCCGAGCGGGGGUCCCGCGCCAGCCGGGUGAGCCGAGCAAAGGCGGCCACUGCAAGCAAGGUGGAGGCGGUGGAGCAGUAUCUGGCCCGCAUCGGAGGCUCAGCCAAGAUCCGCGCCUUGAAGAGCGCUCUGGCCGGCCUGGACCGCGACUUCCUGCAGAAAUAUUUUGAAGUCACUUCUGACGACGUUGUCAAGUCGAGGAAGGGUCACCAAAGACACGAACGAAAUAUCAAGGAGUUCCUGAAGAGCAAGGGAAGUGCUCCUUUGACGCUUGUCAUGGAGACCUUCUCGGUCCCCAGAAGGUGGCUGGCCUCGCACGAAGACUUCCUGGUUCAAGGCGGACGCAUCCGGCUCCGUGUGCGCCAGACGGAUCAGCCGGAGGUCGAGAUCGUGGAGGAUCAUGUUGGUGUUUUCCGGAUGCGGCCGAGCUCAGAGAGGACGGCGCAACAGGAGAUCGCCCGUUUGAGGAUUUUCUUGAUGAGCCAGGUGGCGCGCUUGCCCACCUCCGUGCAGAGCAACGCGCUGCGCCGCCUCAAGGGCAUGUGGCAUCCGGAUGCUGCCCCUGGUCAGUAUCUUGGACACGACGCUGUCAUCGCAGAGGUCUUUCGCUUCCUCUGCUCCGUGGAGGUCGCAGCAACCGGACUUCGCAUCCCACCAUCCGAGGGAUAA